AUGAAAGAGGGCUUAGUCGGCCAGAGAGCGCAUCGCGCAGCUCUUUUAAUGCACGCUCACAAAGCAAAAUUGCUUGGGCGGGCGACGCGGCAGCACGGAGCGCUGGUGAUUAUCAUAAUGACGUGGUGCCCGCGCUUUUUGCGCGAGUCGCCCUAUAUUACGGAAGCCGACACCGUUUUCGAUCUCGCCCGGGACCGCGCGGCGCAUCGAACGCCCGAUCCGCGCUGCCCGCCU